UCCUCGGAGUUGGAUCGAUCCUGUAAGAUUGAUCUAGGUAUGGGAACCCAGUCAAAUAUUUAAAGUAAGGUCAAGAGUAGAGGGUUCGCGACGCGUGGUCACGGGUCAAGGAAAUUAAUCCUUCAAGCCGAUGGCCAGUCAGGAAUAGAAUUCUUGAUGAAUACCGAUGUUACUCUGUGAAGAGAGAGAUAUGCAUUAACGUACUCCAUUGAUGUUUGUCGCUAAUACACCACACAGUGACAAAAUUACCACCACAGUAACAGAGCUGCAACGAUGUCGAGUUUUCUUUUGAUGUUUUUGCUGAUUACUUUGGAGUUCAGCAGUAAGGUUCGUGGUGGAAUAUCGCAAGCCACCCCCCUUGUCAACAUCGAUGAUUUCAGAAAGUACGCAGAGAGUAAUCUAUCCAACGAAACCCGAGAAUAUAUGCAGAGCGGCGGCACAGAAUUGACCACAUACAGGGAAAAUAUGGAGGCUUUCAAACGCUACAGAUUAAGGCCCCGCUAUAUGGCGAGAGAUGUCAGCACCAUUGAUACUUCUACGACGCUUCUGGGGCGUCCAGUGGCAUCUCCUAUCGGGAUUUGUCCGACGUCCUUUCAGAAGUUAUUUCAUCCUAUGGGUGAGAUUGCCACAGCCUUUGCUGCGAAAAAUAUGAACCUCCAAAUGAUACUAGGCGGUGCUUCAUCAACCACUAUAGAAACGGUCGUCAAUAAGACUAACGCUGAACUUUGGCAACAAAUCUACAUCUUAAGACCAUUGAACCUUACUUCACAGUGGGUGAAACGUGCCGAGAAUGCUGGUGCAAAUGCCAUUGUGGUAACUGUAGACCGUCCGUACAAGGUCGUCACGUGGGCCGCAAUGCGUGGACUUUUGAAUAUGGGCCAUUGGUUGUUGCCCAAUGCGCCCACUAACACAUUCAAGAGCAGAGGCGCCGCCACGUGGGACGACAUCACGUGGUUGAAAAGUAUUACAAAGUUGCCGAUUGUAAUAAAAGGAGUGCUGAAUGGUGGAGAUGCAUCAAAUGCCGUGGAAAGAGGGGCCAGCGCUAUUAUAGUGUCUAAUCACGGUGGAAGGGUGCUGGAUGGUGUUCCAGCGACUCUGGAGGUUCUGCCUGAGGUGAUUCAAGCCGUGAGAGGGCGCUGUGAAGUGUAUCUAGACAGCGGUAUUAGAACUGGCCGGGACGUUUUCACCGCCUUGGCUUUAGGUGCACGUGCUGUAUUUGUUGGUCGACCAGUUUUGUACGGGUUGACCUACAAUGGAGAGCAAGGGGUGACGGAAGUGCUGCGUCUACUCUCGAACGAAUUUACGUCUGUCAUGGCAUUAACAGGUUGCACACGGCUGUCUGAAAUCAACUCAAGCUACGUCACAAGGCACCAGGAUUUCUACAGUGACCGAUAGUCGCCCAGUAUUGCGGCCAUACAGACCAGUGCCAGCAUUCGCGUUGAAACAUUUGCCAUAAGUCUCGCGG